UCAAAACAGACGGUUUAUCGUUAAUUCGUGAGUGUUAAUAAAACAGGCAAAUCUGUAUUCAAUAUAAAUACAUGUAUUUUUAAUUAGUUGAACUCCACAAAGUCCAUAAAAAACAACACUCAUCUUGAAGAUGUCUUAUAUCAGUUUACUUACCAUUUUAUUCGCAUUAAACGGGAUUGCAUUAGUGCACCCUUACAAAAUAUGUAAUAAUCCUACACCAAGUCCAUACUACAGUGAAGUUGAAUGUGUUACCACGAAAUGGUUUGUGUAUGGCGGAAGUAACGAUUGUACGGAUUGCUGUAUUACACGCAACAUGACGGUUAUAGAACCAGGAAAAAUUAUUGUUACCGACACUACAAUCAAAAAUGGAGUCACAACUUCUGAAACAUAUAAAGCUACAAGCUUUGGAGCGGAUCCUAUUUAUUACAAGGAAAAUGAUGAUUAUCCCAAAGUAAUAGUCAGUACCGAUUGUAAAACGUUUUGUGUAAUUUACGAUUUUAAAACUGGAGAUAUACACACGUUCACUAAUAAAGUGCACCAAAAACGUAAUUUUCAAAAAAAUUUAGACGGAAUUCAAAAGUGUGGUAUUGAAGUAUACGAUUAUAAUCCUGGAAAAACUUGCAAAGGUGUUGAUGUUUUUCAAUAAAAAUUAAAUAAAAUACUCUA